AUGGAAGCUUGUUUUUGUCUUGCUAAGGUGGCUAAUGCAAUGGUGUCUAAUUGGGCAGGUCCUCCUGCCAUGAUGACUAUUUUCAGAAAGAUGUUUGGUUCAUAUUCUUGUCCUUCUAUCAUCAGACAAAAUAAUUUUGGUAACUUCCAGCAAUACUUCCUUCUCAAAACAAUUCCUUGUGCCAUGGCCCAGCUACGCAAUAUCCACAAUAUAUGUCCAAAUGAAGUGUUGAAAUUCUUAUAUGAUCUCUUCAAAUAUAAUGACAACAGCAAAAACAAGUAUUCUGAUAAUUACUACAGAUCAUCUUUAAUUGAUGCCUUGGCUGCAACUGUGACUCCAGCUGUUAGCCCUGUUGGUUUGCUCAACACUGGAUUCACUUUGGAUAAUUUGAGUGCAGAUGGAAAACUCAUUCUUGAGGAAAUAACACGAUUUCUAAAUCUAGAGAAAUUGUUACCCUGUUAUAGACACACAGUAGCUGUCAGCUGCUUGCAAGCCAUAAGAAUUCUUCAAAAGAAUGGGCACCUUCCCAGUGAUCCUCAGAUAUUUGAAAGUUAUGCUCAGUAUGGUAUCUAUAGAGAUGUACGUCUGGCAGCCUUAGAAGCUCUGGUUGAUUAUAUUAAAGCUGAUGUCAAUGCAGAGAAAUUAGAAAAGUUAUUAAUAUUAAUGCAGACUGAUCAAGAUAUUUAUAUCAGACACAGAAUUCUUGAGAUGCUUAUAAAAAAGCCACCAUUCAACAGAGGAGAAUCUAGUCCACUAAACACAGAAGCUCUUGUGGAUCGUCUGUGGAAAAUAAUGAACACUGGACUUCCACAUGAUAGCCGUCUUCGCUGUGGGCUGGCAGAUUUAUAUUUUAAGUUGUAUGGGAGAACACGCCCAACAAGUUUACCCAUUCCAGAGUCUGUGAUGGUUUUAAACCUCAAAGAAAAGAAAACUUUAUUAAAUCCAUCUGUAUUGCCAAAUGAUGUGCCUGAUGCAAACCCAAUUGUGAUGACUGGAACAAUAACUUCAUCUGCAUUGCCUCCUGUGGUUCCAACUAGUUCAGUUGAUACUCUUAAUUCUCCGACAACUACUUCCUUAACAGUGUCAUCAAAUGCUAUAUCAACUCCUGGAAUAACUACAUCCAUAACUAGUACAACUACUGUGACGACAUCAAGUGAUGUCUCCAUUUCAGGUGGUAUUCCAAGUACCACACUUGCUUCUUCAUCUUUUAUAGGUCCAGUUACAACUAAUAAAGCUGAGAAUACUAAUGACUCCAAGACCAAUAUUAUUCCCAUCAUGCAGCCAUUCCAACCCCUAAAUGUCAAAGUGGAACCCAAAACUUCCAUUGAGACCCAGCCUCAGCACACAAUCACCUCUGUUGCUGCUGCUGCAGCUGCAGCAGUAUCUGCAGCAGUGGCUGCUGAACAAGCUGCUGCUGCUGAGAAAGCUGCUUUAGCAGCUACAGCAACUGCAGGGGGAGGCGGAGUGGAAAGAGUCCCUCAUUUUUCACAAAUGUCUGUGUCAGAUGUUGAGCCUAAAAGGGGUUUGAAACGUGCUGCUGAAUCCCCUUUGCCUGUAGAUAUUAAAUCAGAUUUUACAGCAUUCCGGGAGGAUAUGAUACCUGAACGUAUGCAACUGGAGGAUCAAAGUAUGUUUAAAGUCAGAGUGAAAAGCAAGAGUGAAUCUGAUGACUUCAUAAUGCCACCCUCACAUGUUCCUUCAACAAUGCCUGAUCGUCCCACUCUGGAUCUUUCUAUGUCACACUCUGAUGGUAUCAGUAACUUAAGUGAAGAGUCCAACUCUCCUCCUUCAUCUGCUCACACUCUGCCUGAAAUGAGUAGCACUUCUAGUUCCACACCUUCCUCAUUUGGUGGCUUGAAACUUCAGUCACAGUCAUCACUUGACUUCUCCCGGCCUGGUUCAAACUUAAACACACUGUCAGUUUUCUUUUUCUUAUACUCUUUCAAGGCGAACUCGAUCCUAUGGGCAAAGCUGGUGUAG